AAGCUCUCAAGCAUCUUCAGCCCUCUCUUCCUCUCUCCCUCUAUCUCUCUCUACUUCAGACAGCACAACCCAAGUGUAGUAUAACUCUCUGAUCUCUACCUCAAUUUCUCUCACUUAUUUGUCUGUCGUGCGUCGUCUUGCCUGUUUUGGUUUCUCAACUGAUCCGAAUAAACAAGGCAAGAAUGCUAGGGAACAAAGAUUCUUGAUCUUCUGCAGCUAGAGGUAAUUUGUUUGGAAGCAGAUCUAGAGCGAUAAGCUGCAAUAUGGGAGUAGUACUGGAACGAGUCUGUAACACCUUGAAUGGGCUGAAGCCGGCCAUGUUAAUGGUGGUGGUUCAGCUUACCCUUGCUGGGGUCAAUGUGUUGUACAAACUGGCUGCAAAUGAUGGGAUGAACUUGAGGGUUCUUGUUGCCUAUCGCCACAUUUUCGCUACUGCUUUGGUUGCUCCUCUCGCUCUCGUUUUAGAAAGGAAAAGCUGGCCAAAGCUGACUCGGAUGGUGCUCUUUCAGUCAUUUCUUUGCGGGCUAUUCGGGGGAUCAUUAUAUCACAAUUUGUAUAUUGAGAGCUUAGCCUUGACAUCAGCAACAUUUGCUUCAGCCAUGACUAACCUAGUUCCUUCCAUUACCUUCAUCCUGGCCGUCUCCUUUGGGUUGGAGAAGUUGGGUCUCGGGACAAUUGCAGGAAAGGCUAAAGUAUUGGGAACAGUAAUGGGAAUAGGUGGGGCAAUGCUCCUCACUUUCUAUAGAGGUGCAGAAAUAAACAUCUGGUCUACUAACAUUAACCUUCUGCAUCAAGGCCAAAACCAGAGCGGACACUCGGAAAAUCUACUUCUGGGUGCUGCAUUGGCUCUAGGAAGUUGUUUCUCAUUUGCCACUUGGUUAAUAAUUCAGGCAAAGAUGAGUGAGAGAUAUCCAUGCCACUACUCAAGUGCUGCUCUGACGUGUAUGAUGGGAGCAAUCCAAUCUGCUGUUUUUGCCCUAUGCAUGGAUCAUGGGGAUUGGAGUCAAUGGAAGUUGGGCUGGAAUGUCAGGCUACUCACAGUGUCUUACUCAGGAAUCGUGGGUUCUGCAGUUGGGAUCACUUUGAUUGCAUGGUGCGUGCGCAUGAGAGGCCCUUUAUACGUCUCCAUCUUCAACCCUCUGAUGCUCGUUUCAGUUGCCAUUAUGGGAUCUUUAGUACUGGACGAAAAGCUACACCUCGGAAGCAUACUAGGAGCCGUGUUGAUAGUGUGCGGGUUAUACGCAGUGCUGUGGGGUAAAGGGAAGGAGAUGAAGAAGAAGAACAUCACUCGAGUAGCACCCUCAAAUUGCUCUCCUGACUCUGAGUUGACAGAGAUCGUUGUCACGCAUCCAGAAGUAGUACCGGACAAUAAUACCAAGAACAAUACAGAUAUUAAAUCCGAAAGCAGCCAGCUCCCAAUAAUUAGCUCUAAAGCCUCCCCAAUAGAUGAUCAUGGCAACACAUUGGAACAUUAGCAGGUUGGAGAACAUGAUGAAGAAAGUAAUACCGAAGAACAUGAUGAUCAUACAGAAAAACCAACAGAGUAUUAAUAUAGAGUAUGAAAACACGCAUGCAUGCAUGCAUAAAGCAAAUUGAAGCUUCUUUCCGGCAAAUCGGCAAUUCUUGAUCAUCUCGAUAUUCGACUAUAUAUUAAUGUAAUAAUAUUCUUUUAAAGGUGAAGAGAUUUGUUAUUUGAUUCAUUCAUUUUUUUUCUUUUGAAUUCAUUAUAAAUGAA